UGCGAAUCCAACGUGAAUUGGUACGAAACGUAACCUACGUUCGCUGCUUGUGGUGGCCCAUGUUAAAUAUGUAUUUAUGCAAAUAAUUAUUUGUUGAAGUUGUUUUAUUUCGUUCUUGUCGCUGCUAGUAGACGCUUUCUGAUAUCGUACAAGAAGGUCACCAAGUGUAUUAUUAACCUCUUGAUAAACCACUGAAAAAAAAUCUUGUCCGUCUCUUUGUACCUAAAAUAUUUUAAGACGUCUUUCUGAGGAUUGGGAGCCAAAGGGCCCUUUGUUUUGAGCCGUUUUGACCGCGGUGGAGACGUCAGGAGGGCGCAGGGAUUGAGCUCCAAUCCGGAGACAAGUAACCCGAGCGGACCUGCGAGGUACAGCCCUCUGCGGACGGUGUUCUCCCCAUCGCGACUGAGACAGGAGAUCCUCAAGCCCAACACCAAGUCCUCGGCGGUUAACAACAUGGACAACCGAGGCUUCGGCGCAGGCUUUUCGAAUUGGGGCCGUGGAACCUCCUCCAGCAGGGGCUCAGAUAAUUAUGGUUCACACGGCUACAAAGACUCCUUGUCUGGAGGCGGGGGCUUUGGGGGAGGCUACGGCACCGGUGGUGCUGGGCUGAUGAAGAGGGGCUUCGGUGGGAGCUCGGUGGCCUCGCCCACCGGCACCAGCGCCGACGCCGUCAUCGCCAAGAUUAACCAGCGCCUGGACAUGCUGACCCAGAUGGAAGGGGGGAUGAAGAGGGGGGGCCGUAACGAUAGGUUUGACCAAUACGAGUCCUUCGACUCACGCCCCUCCUCCCUAAACCCACGCGAUCUCUACAGAUCCAGUAACUAUGGUUACAGUGAGGGCCAGCGGGGGGGCGCUGGCCUCGGAGGAGGCAGCUUUGAAGGUUCCUCCUCAUUUGGAUCCACCAAGCCCCAGAUGGCGCGGCAGCCUCGCGACUCCUACCCUGGCCCGACUUGGGCAGGGCAGCGCUCCCCAGGGGGCAGAGUAAGGGGACAGGGCGGUCCCGGGUUCGGGCGCUGGCAGGAGCCCGCAUUGGGCGGAGGCCCCGGGAGCCACUUCCCGGGGGGGCGGGGCAAGCCCCCGUCACUCCUGUCCCACCACAUGUACCCUGAGAUGGGCGUGUACCGGCAGGGCCCCAGCCCGCAAGACUUCCCUGGCGCUGGCCACUUUGGAGGGGGCGCCUGGGCGGGGCACCAGCGCGGGCGCAAGAGACCCGUCAACCGACAGGCAAAACCAGAGAGAGACGGGAAGAAGAGGAGAAAGCUGGAACAAGACGUGGAGACCGGUGCGGACAAGGCGGAGGCCGAAGGGGCGGAGCUGGGAGAGGCGGAGCCGGCCGACGACGGGAAGGAGGUCAAUGUGAAAACAGAAGAGGCCGACGCCGCACCGGAGGAGACGGCCACAGCGGAGGGUGACGCCCUGACGAUGCAGGAGGAGAUCGCGCAGGUGAAGAAGAGUCUGCAGGGCAAGCAGUCACCCGCCCAGGACAGAACGCCCAAGCAGAGAAAGAGGAACACCCGCUUCCCUGAGAGGUCAGGGGUCAAACUUAACGCUCAGAGGCUCAUGUUUGCCUGCUCCGUCUGUAAGUACCGCUCCUUCUACAGCGAUGAAAUGGACGCCCAUCUGGAGAGCAGAUUUCACAAGGAGCAGUUCAAGUUCCUGUGCGGAAAGCUGUCCAAACCCACCACCGACUUCCUGCAAGAGUACCUGAACGACAAGUACAAGAAGACGGAAUUGAGGAGGAAGCACAUCGAUGACUUGAACGCCGCCAUCUGUCAAGUACACAAAGAUCAAGACCUGACACGAGACUUGGGAAUGGAGCACUUCCUAAGGAAGGUGGAAGCCGCACACUGUGCUGCCUGCAACCUCUUCAUCCCCAUGCAGCAGCACCUCAUCCAGAGGCACCUUAGAUCACCUGAGCACAACUUCCACCGCAAGGGGAUGAUGGAGCAGUCGAAGAGGGCCAGCCUCUCUGUAGCGCGGAGCAUCCUGAACCAUAAAGUCAUCAGUAGAAAGCUGGAACUCUACCUCAAGGGUGAGAACCCAUUCGGCAGUAACCCGGACGAGCAGGACCCUGACGAACAUGCAGCGGACGCACCGGAGGCAGAGCUGGCUAACGACGGCCAUGACGCGGAGGAGCACCAGGGUGGAGACGAGGAGGAGAGUGAACGCCCGGCCGAGGGGCUGGAGGCGGGCUGCGUGGAGGAAGAGGGGGCUGAGGAGGCUGAGGGAGAGGAGCUGGGACAGGCGGCCAAGGAGGAGUCUCUGACAGAGGGGGAUGGGGGCGGCGAAAAGGGGGAUGGCGUAGAAGAGGAAAACGGUGAUGACAGGGAGGAGCUGAUUACGGGAGCAGCAGUGUGACGCCUUGUUUGGGGUGGUGCCUCAUGUUUCUGUCCCAUCUCUGUUCCCCGAGCUCUUGUCUUCCAUCUGACAUCUUUUUGGAGAGCGGUCUCCCCUGGGGGGGGGAGGGGGAGGGGGGCACACUUUUCCAGAAUUGCAGCACUCCUUGUGUCCUUCCCCGAAAUCCAUCUGCCCUGCCCUCUCAUUUCCAGGUGUAACACAGUGAGAUGCGCUACCCUUGUUUUAUUUCCUGUGCUUUGCUGGGAAUUAUGGGAAAAUGAGUUUUGUAUUAUUUGGACAGGAUUUCGUUUUGUUGAAAAAGUUGGUCGUUAUGUCAGUUCGUGUAACAUACAUUUUUGUUUGUCUUUUUAGACACUUAAAUAAAGAGCGGUAGCUAA